CGCAGGAGAUGACUCACGACCUCGAGAUGAACUUCAACAAGAUCGCACCCUUCGGCAAGGAGGACACCGCGAAGGAGCUCCAGGACCAUGCGGCCAAGACGCAGGACACGCUGGUGGACGCCGUGGAGAACGCCGAGGUGGCGGAGAUCAAGCGCGCGGUCUUCCGUGCCUUGACGCGGCUCCGCGCUGCGACGAUCAAGGAGUUCGACACCAUUGCGCGGUUGGAGACGCAGGCCAUCGAUGCGUACAACGACGCCCAUCAUUACAGGGCAGAGAACCCCCUGGCGCACCUGCACGAGGACGAGGCGCCGGUGGAGACGGACAAGCUCAAGUCCUUCCACUGAGCUCGGGCUCGCUUCCUCGUCUUCCGGGCCGACUAGUGGGCAAAUUGGGGAGAUGAGGAAAAAAACACGCUCUUUCCCAUGUGCGUAUCCAGUGUCCCACGCGGCGUGAGUUGGGCUGGCCGCGCGCGUCUCUUCGCCCGACUGUCUACGCCGCGCCGCCAUGCGUGCGGUUGCGACGCCAAACAGGUGUUUGUGUAGGUGUGUCCGCAGUUAAGUUUUACAGUAUCUGGCAGAUGUCGACACCGCCCAAAACUUACAUCGGUG